AUGAAGACCGAAGAGGCUCCGUCCUGCCUGCAGCAGGCAACGCCGGUCCUGGGCUUUGACUCCAAAAUGCGGGAGGUGUGCGCCGGCUGCGACACCCCCAUCUCCGACCGGUUCCUUUUGCGAGUCAAUGAGCGUUCCUGGCACGAAGGCUGCGUGAAAUGUGCCGUCUGCCUGCAGCCGCUCUCUGGGACCUGCUACUGUCGCAACCGGCAGCUCUACUGCAAGCACGACUAUGAGAAGUUGUUCCAGACCAAGUGCAGCAGCUGCUUGAAGGCGAUCGCCCCCUCCGAGCUCAUCAUGCGGGUGCUGGAGAACGUCUACCACGUUCACUGCUUCUACUGUUGCGAGUGCGAGCGGCGCCUGCAGCGGGGAGACGAGUUUGUGCUCAAGGAAGGACAGCUGCUGUGCCGCAGUGACUAUGAGAAGGAGAAGGAGAUGCUGAGCGCUAUCAGCCCGGCACCCACCGAGUCCGUGAAAAGCGAGGACGAAGACGGCAGCCACUCGCACAGCAAAGGCAGUGAGGAGAGCAAAGACCACAAGCGCUCCAAGCGCCCACGCACCAUCCUUACCACGCAGCAGCGACGGGCGUUCAAGGCUUCGUUUGAGGUUUCCUCAAAGCCUUGCAGAAAGGUGAGAGAGACCCUGGCAGCUGAGACGGGCUUGACUGUGCGGGUGGUACAGGUCUGGUUCCAGAACCAAAGAGCCAAGAUGAAGAAGAUCGCUCGCAGGCAACAACAACAGCAGCAGCAACAGCAGGAGCAAGACCAGUUGGGCAACCCUCGCUUAGGGACGGGGAGAGGGACCGGUCGCAACAGCAGGCAGAGCAACGAUGAUAGCGAAGACGGCGCGAGCGUUCACGGCCUGGAUGGGCUCAUGGUCCCCUACCCCAGGAUCCCCCAGCAGCAGCUGCUGCCCUUGGAUCAGAACGGCUACAGCACGGAUUUGUACAGACAAGGGCUGACGCCGCCCCAGCUGCCAGGAGACCAUCUGCACCCCUACGACUCAGAGGGAGUUUUUCACGAUAUGGACAGUGACAGCAUCAGCCACCUGGGAGACUGCCUGCUGUCAACGGCCGAAGCCAACCUCCUCCAAGCCCGCGUGGGCAACCCCAUUGACCGACUCUACUCCAUGCAGAGCUCCUACUUCACGUCCUGA